AUGGGUGGGACUGUGAGCGUUUUCUCGGAUAAUCAAGCCCUUGUUGACAGCCUCAAAGAAUCAUGCGAGAUUCCACCGGAGAUAGAGCGCGUGUUUCGGCUGGUAGAUCGCGGACUCUAUGCGAUAGAACCUAAAGAGCAAAUUUACAGUGACUCUGCUUGGCGGGUUGAUAAACUACACCUUUCAGCUCCUGGCAUCUACGCCACUGUUCUUCGUGAACUUGAUAUUCACCCUGGACAGUCUGUUCUCAAUAUUGGCAGUGGAACUGGAUAUCUUAGCACAAUGUUUGGGUUAAUGCUCGGAUCAAACAGUGUCAACCAUGGCAUUGAGUUACACGAGUCAAAUGUUGCAUUCGCCCGGGAGCGUCUAACUAAGUUUCUCGCCAGUGAUGUUAUCUACGAACGUGAUUUCUGUGAGCCCCACUUCACAGUUGGUAACAUUUUUACCGUUGUUCCUCCCUCUGCGACUUCCGCACGAGUUGCCAAUGCCGAACCUUCCGGUGAUUUCAAUUCAGAGGGAUCUUCUCUCGACGAAUUUAUUCACCAAUCUCUCCUUUCCCCGAACUUGAAUAUUAAGCCCCCUCCUCUGAUUAAACGUGAAUCUACAGAUGAUGGCAAAUAUGAAUUCGAAUUUUGGCCUACUUAUGAUCGGAUUUACGUCGGUUCCAUGAUCUCAUCGCCGGCACAGUUGGAGGCUAUUUUACGACUGCUCAAUGUUGGUGGAAGACUUGUUGCGCCUAUUUACGACCAACUUCACAAAAUUGAUCGUAUCUCCGACAACAAGGUGAAUGAUACGGUCCUCAUCAGUGUUAGCUUCAUGAGCCUUGUUUCAUCCUCUGAAAAUGAUCCCAAAGUUACUCCCCCGCCAAAACGCACGGUAGAGCGACUGGAGCGUCUCGCCUGUCGACGGUUGCGUCAGCAGUUGCGGCAGGUGAUUCUACAACGCGCUGGCGAUCUGCCCGAUCUAGGUCGGUUUGUACGAAUUCGUGGGUCCUCCCCCUCCCUCCCCUCCGCCUCAUCCGUCUCCCCCGACUCUGUCUCCCGUCAAAGCCAUCUCGGUGGUAAAAGUCACGGCGGAGGGACCUCUUCCUCUACCAGCACCACUCCGUCUGCAUCUUCGUCCUCACCUUCCUCUUCCUCGUUGUUGUCCUCCUCUCCUCGCCCUUCUGCUCCUUCUACACCUCCAUUGCAACAACAAGAUAUACCUGAAAUCCCUCCAAUCCAUGUCAACGUCAUUGUCCCCGGAUCGAGGGCGAUAGCGGAACAGAUGGAUUUUGUUGAGUUCAUCUCACGAAACAUCCUCAGAUGUCAGAUGCAGCAAACGAGGGAUAGCCACCGUAACGUCGAACAGACUAUUGAGAAUACAGACGAGGAAGAGACAGAAGAAGGCGAUGAAGAGGAAGAAGAAGAACCAAUGGCUGGUCCUGCAGACACUGGUGAAACAGAUGCGGAUGCAACGAGACGGAAACGACGGAAGAGAAAGAGGAGGAGAAGAGAGGAUGGACAAGAGGAGUCGGGGAAUCCGGAGACAGAACAAUACGAUGAUGAGGCUGAAGGAAAUCGUGGAGAGCGUCGACGUCGAGGUAGACGAGUACGAGAACUGACGUGGCAACCGCAGUCGUACACCUUCCGGGAGAAGAUGCAUCAGUUGAUGAAGGAGGAAUUGGCGUUGCCUCUCUACACCACUGAUCUCGUUCUCCGUGUCACCUGA